AUGCUCUGGAUCCCCCACGGCCACAUCGACUGGCAGCGGGGUCAUAUCUCACUCGAGGUACUGAUUAAUCUAUAUAUGUCUCGGAGCCCGCUCCAGGCGAGGCUGGCUCAUCAGCCUAACGUCCAGGCUCUUACUACCACUCAGGUUACCGUCGAGCUUCUGUUCCAACAGUUGGUCCGUGACGCCCGGGAAGCGUACGAUCAAGGGCGCAAUGAGGAUGCGGAGAAGCUAGCUGACUGGGCUAUCGUCCUUGCCGUCGAGGAGACCGCCCGAGCUUACCAUCAGCACUUCCUUGCCAAGAUCGAGUCAUACUGGGACCGAGUGCGAGGUAAGUUAGGGCGCCAAAACUUACCUCUCCUUGCUCGGCUGCAGCACGCCCAAGUGGAAUCUGCAGCUGAGGUUGGCCGUAUCCCCACAGCCCAGACGAUUCAUGGCAUUUACACGGAGGCAUGGGCAAAGUACAGUGAAGCUGUGCUAGCUGAUACCAACUCCUCAACAGGAGGUAGUAUGCCCGACGAGCUACCUUGUUGGAUGUCCACGCGUCAGCAUCUGCCGCCUAAAAACAGCUGGUCUAACUUUUUGUUCAAACAACUGUUCUGCCGCUCUAAGCCGCCGGCAUGGGAUGGACUUUACUUCCUCCAAGUCUACCGAGUAUUCAAGGAGAUUUGGCAAACUAUCUUUGUGUCGGCGGGCCCAUUUGAUAAUUGCUUCGGCGUGCAAAUCGGCCGUUACAUCCUGAUUGCCUUCAAUGGUGACCACAGCAAGGAGGUAAACACAAGCCAUGGCCGGGGCACCUGGCAUCACAGCAAGCCACCCUUCUUCCAGAUGCAAUACUGGGCUCCCUAUUUCUCGCCUCCUCGCGGAGAGGAAGACACAUUCUUGUCAUCUGUAUAUCGCCGCGGCGAUUACCCCGAGGGUCUGUCCCCUUACAUGACUCCGGUGAUUCCAUCACCUCGCCAUUUUUGGGGCCUUGAAAGGGCAGCCUGGCCACACUGGAUGGAGAUUAUGGGCAAUAUCGACCGUCUGCACUCCGCCAGCCAUAACACCAUUCAACGCCAUUGCCGGCGGGCGUUGUUGUAUGUGACCUAUCUAGCGGGCCCGACAUGGGGUCGAGACGGGGAUGUGAACUUUGUACAGCCGUGGUCUGUUGAGAAAUCGGACGGUUGUGAGUACGAAGAGGAGGACGUUUUCCGGAUUCCUGUGAUGGAAACACACAUCUCGAGGCAGAUAUUCGAAUCUGCAGUGAGCCAACCGACCAUCCUUCUACCAACCCGGGACAACCUUAUUGGUUUGCUCGAUGCUAUAGCGUCCCUACCCGGUCAUUCGCUUGGGUUCGCAGCACGCCUGCUGUGGACGAGGCGUCUGCUCAACAAUCACAACAGUCAGUAUGAUCUCCGCAGCCAUCUAGAGGCCAAGAAACAGGAAGUAGAGCCCUCCACUCAAAGUCAAACUCUCCUGGAACAGUUCUUGAAUCAAGCCGAGCCUCCGCAGUGGGAUGUUGAACCUGCAGAUGUCUCUGGCGUCGCCAUCGAAGAAGAGGGGACGGACGAUACGAUAGAAGGUGGAUCUCAAUCAGAAGAGGAUGACGACAGCGAUUGGGAGAAUAGCGAUACCGAAGAAUCAUCAUGGUAAGCCACAGUGGCGAGUUGCCCGGAAAGUGGGGAUAGUUUAUUCGUUCAAUUUUACAGGUUGUAAAGUUGAUAAUUAUCCAAUUUUACAAGUUUGCACCAAGUCAAUUUACAGCUUAUAUUUCGC